ACCUAGCUGAAACCAUUUUUGGAAACAAAGAACCUGGGUUUGAGUUGAUGCCUUGAUAAAGAAACCUCAAAAACCAUUUGCGGAAACAAAGAACUUAAGUUGAACCUCAAUCUACGUGACAAUUUAAAUCUCUGUUAAAACUAUAAAUUCUGCGUACAACAGACAGAUACUGAUCGAGUCAAAUCAUCGCAAGAACUAUGUUUUUCUUUUAUAAUUUUCACCACUAAUGAGAUUCUUAAAAUCUUCAUCCCUAAUCCAUUUCCAUAGAGUUUUUCCCAAAUUUUCACUCACCAAACCUUCUCAAAUCCAUAGCCAUGGCCAAACCAGGUCAAGACCCAAUGAAGUGCUUAAAGAGUAUCUAAAGGCCAACGCUACAACUAAAGCCAUACGUUUCCUUCGUGAUUUGAUCAGAAAAAGCAUUUCAUCCAUUGAUAGCUACUCUCUAUUGUACAUCAUCAAGGUCUGCACACGAAAGUCUUCACCAUACGAAGCCCGACAAUUCCAUACCCUUGUCGUGAAACUCAGUUACAAUUCCAUCAUCUUCGUACAGACAUCACUGAUCAAUUACUAUUCCGCAGUCGCUAAUCUAGCGGAUGCACGCCAGGUGUUCGACGAAAUACCCACAAAGAAUCUUGUUUGUUGGACAGCGUUGAUUUCCGCCUAUGUUGACAACCAAAAACCAAACACUGCUCUCAAACUGUUCAGGGAGAUACAGAUGAACAAUUUUGAGCCUGAUGAAGUCACCCUCGUGGUUGCUCUCUCUGCAUGUGCUGAUCUUGGUGCAUUGGACAUUGGUAAAUGGAUUCAUAACUUCAUCCGAAGAAGCAAAAAUCUCAACAAAGACUUACCUUUAUACAAUGCUCUCUUGAACAUGUACACGAAAUGUGGAGACAUCAAAAGUGCUAAGAUGUUAUUUAACACCAUCAAAAACAAAAAUGUCACAACCUGGACUUCCAUGAUUACAGGACACGCAAUCCAUGGUCAAGCCAAGGAAGCUCUUGCCCUUUUCACAGCCAUGACAGAUUCCAAAAUCGUGCCUAAUGAUGUGACCUUCAUUGGGGUUCUAAUGGCAUGUAGUCAUGUAGCCAUGGUGGAUGAAGGAAAGCACUAUUUCAAGAUUAUGAGUGAGGAAUACGGAUUAAAACCUAAAGUUUCGCAUUUCGGUUGUAUGAUUGAUCUUUUAUGUAGAGCAGGAUGCUUACAAGAAGCUAAAGAUUUCAUUUUGGAGAUGCCUGAGAGAGUGAGACCGAAUGCGGUGAUGUGGCGGACUUUGCUUGGUGCAUGUAGUGUUCAUGGGGAUGUUGAUCUUGGUGAAGAGGUGAGGUGGCGAUUGGGUGAGUUUGAGGAGAAUUGGGGUGGUGAUGAUGUUUUAAUGGGGAAUAUGUAUGCUUCAAGAGGGAUAUGGGAGAAGAAGGAGAUGAGUAGGAAUUGUGUUGAUAAGAGAAUUCCAGGGUGUAGUUUGAUUGAGGUGGGGAGUGAAAUUUAUGAGUUUGUGGCUGCAGAUUCUGAUCAUCCAUUUGGUUGCAAGAUUUAUGAGGUUAUUCAGAGUUUGUUUGGGAAUAUGAGAGCUUCUUCUUAUGGAUGCACUUUUGAUCUUUAAAGUGAUACAUGUAAAGAUAUAACAAAUGUACUUUUUAUUUCUUUGUUUAUUAUACUACUCUACUUUUCUUAUUCCAAUUUACUUUGAGAAAUCAACCCAAUAAUAUUGUAUUAUUCAUUAUAUUUUAGGGCCCUAUAUUUUGUGCCAUUUCGAAAUGAUAAAUUUCCAACAAUACUGUAUUAUUAUUAUUCAUUACAAUGAAACAAAACUUAUUUACGCUUCUAUAUCAAGACAAUGCUACAAAGGCACCUUCUGUGUGCUUAUGGAUGGGCCCUAUUUGUACAUCC